CAGUUUGAACUUCCUCAAAGGAGGAGGAGCACAUAAGGGCAAUGCUUUGAAGACCAGCGCCACAUGAAGAAGUGUCAGGUUAAGUUAAGAAGAAAUUCCUUUCUGUGGAGUGGAAGUGGAUAUAUGAGAAAGAUCUGUUUGCUUCAAUGUGUGUGACAGAGGAGUUUGGUGUUUUCCAUUGCCAAACGCGUACCAGAUGACCAUCCCUGUGUCAACAGUGAGUCAGAGCAAAGCUAAGUUGCAGGUAAAGUGUCUGUGUGUGCUUAUGUUCCUGAGCUUCCCUCUGUCAAUGGCCGAGGUCCCUGGCCCAUGCAGACACUCAAUCACUAGGGAACACCUGCUGAUAGUCAGGCAACUGAUGGACAACCAGUUGAGAAGUGGGUGUUCAAUAACCUACACAUUCAUAGAACGGAGGACUUUGAGCAAAUGUUGCUUUGUGAAAGCAGCCUUACCCUGGAUACUGGAGCUGCUCACCACCCACUUCAAGUACAAUCGGGGCUCAGUAAAUGACGUCUAUGUUCAGUCACUGAGGGCGCUCAUCCUCAACAUGUAUUCCCAGAGAUGCGUGCCUCAGAUUAAUGAAGAGGUGGAGGACAAGCCAGAGAGCUUUGAGUUGGUCUACCAAGGAUCUCCGAUGGAAGCUUUGCAGAAAGUUUCGGAGGUGUUGUCUGUUUACUGGGAACUGGUGACGACCAGUGACUCAGCGGUUGACUGGAGAUGCCAGCAGGAAUACUCAGAAAGCUUCGGCUCCACGACAGAGCUACCCGCAGGGUCGACCGCUCAAUAUUUUACAGACAGCUAUGAUUGGAUCUCAGCAAAGGCUUCGCAGAGAAGACCAGUCAGAGAGGUGUACCAGCUUGGCUUCAUCAUUGCAUCCAUCUGCGGAGGACUGCUGCUCAUACUUACGCUCUACUGUCUCGCUGUCCAUAAGAAACAUUACUCCCAUCAUGGAUCAAGAUUAGACACAAACUCAAACAUCGACCAGCAGGAUAUAGAGAUGGAACCACAGUAAUGCUUUGGGGAGACCACCACUGCUUCAGCAGACAGAGUACUUGGGAAGCUGUACAUUUUUUCCAAUCCAGUGUUUUCAUGUCCCUGUAUGUGUGAUGUAUUCAGCUUACCAGUUUAACCAGAAGCUUAGCUUUGAACGAAAACAAAAACAAAAUACGUUUUCUGGAGCUGUGUAUAUUGAGCAUUAUGUAUUGCAGGUUCUUUUCAGGUUAACAAAUUUCUUUUUUUUUUUCUUUUUUUUUUUACUGUAGUCAUUUUUUGUCUAUUUGCGUCCAAUUAACCAAGUGUUUGUGACCUUGUUCCCAUAAGUUAUUUAUUUCCUUAAGUCUAUUCAAUCACUGUAAUAAGAAUUAAAAGAACCUAACUAUCAGUAGCAACCCACGUGUUGAUUCAUCCUGUGCUGUGUGCUACCAGCUCAUUUCCAAAUUCCAAGUUGUCAGUAAUGAUUUUAUUAAAGGAUCUGCAUAACUUCACUGGCUGCAUCUUUUCUGGAAAGCACUGAAGUUGUCACAAAUAAUCGUGUAAUGCUGUUCCAUGUAAAUAAAUCUUCUCGUGCCUGUUUUAAACAAGUUCUCACAAACGAUGUGUAUGUCAAGAUUUAUUGCCAUACAGGACUGCUGUGCAGAUUCAGCAUAAACUCUGGUCAAUAAACUGUUAUUGAUCA